GCUUGUUUUCUGCUCUGAGACUCCAUUCUCUGGUUCAGGGGCCUGGUUUCUUGAAUUAGGAGUGAAACACUUGACAGCUCUAUUCAGCCACCAGAGCAUAGCAACCUUGGAGCCAUUAUUUGCUGCGAUCAGCAACUGCACUACAUCCUGAAAAUAUUGUUUCUUCCCUUACGAUUUCAGCCAUGGCCACCAAAGUCUACGUCAUUUUCUAUUCCAUGUACGGCCAUGUGGCUGCACUAGCCGAAGAGAUCAAGAAGGGAGCAGAGUCCGUGGAGGGGGUCGAAGUCUCCAUCUUUCAGGUCCCUGAGACUCUGUCGGAGGAAGUCCUCGCUAAGAUGCACGCGCCGCCGAAGCCGGACAUUCCAUCGAUCGACGUGCACAACCUCCCUGACGCCGACUGCUUCCUCUUCGGCUUCCCCACGCGCUACGGCAUGAUGGCUGCUCAGAUGAAGGCCUUUUUUGACGCCACCGGCAGCCUGUGGAGAACGCAAGCGCUGGCUGGCAAGCCUGCCGGUUUCUUCUUUAGCACGGGGUCGCAGGGAGGCGGCCAGGAGACCACUGCGCUCACUGCCGUCACGCAGCUGACGCAUCAUGGUAUGCUCUUUGUUCCCAUUGGAUACACCUAUGGCGCCAACAUGUUUGUCCUGGAUGAAGUGAAGGGAGGGUCACCCUAUGGUGCAGGCACUCUUGCCGGUGAUGGUACUCGCCAGCCCACGCAGAUUGAGCUGGAGCAGGCUUUUUACCAAGGCCAGUACACUGCCAAGAUUGCUAAGAAGCUGAAGAAGGGUUCUGAGUAAAGGAGUGCAAUGCUUUCUGCAAACUCUAUUUCUUGUAUUUCCUCCCCUUACAUGUUUCCUUGUAUUACUUCAUAAUAAGCUAUGCGUUUUGCUUACAUGAAGUAUG